AUGCCACAGACCGGCCUCCAAUGCAUUCCAAUCGGAAACCAACACUGGCAAUACGCAAACUCUGCAGCUAUCGCACAGAGUGUCUCGGCACUGCAACGACGAGGUGGAAGCACCCACGUCAAUGGCCACUCGUGCUCUCGUCUCUCCUGUGUGACCUCCUCGGCUAUCUACCUCUGCAACGACAACAAUGGUGGCAUCGACCCGCAACUUAACUACAUUGCCUCCUACGCCUCAGACAUCAUCAACCGCUGUGGUGUUGCUCCUCCCUUCAGCCCCGCUCUUGCCGCCGGACAGGAGUUUGACACCGACAAUUACAAUGUCAUCGUUCGCGAGGAUGGAUGUUAG